AGGUAGAGCAGGUAGACAGGUAGAGCAGGUGACAAGGUGUCAGGUUUCAUUGUUGACUGGUGGCGUUUUUAGAGUCGAUCCGGAAAGAUUCGAAGCCUACGAUUUCCAUUUUGAUCACGUUUGGAUUUUAUAUACACGCAAACGUGCUGCCAUGGCACACAAAAAAUAUGAUGGUUUGUCCCACUGUAAGCUGGCCCUGCUGUUUGCUGUGCUCAUGGACCUGCUGGGUGUGAUAUCCCUGCUGCUGGGGGUCUUCGCUCCACUGGAGAUCCAAGGCCGAGACUUUGGGGAUCUGCUGGUGUACUCAGGAGCCCUGCUGGUGCUAUUUUCCCUGGCAGGCUGGGUCAUGUGGUACAGUGGCAAUAUUGAGGGUCUGACCUCCCAGAAGGAGUUGGGGAAAACUGUUGGUGGAGCUAUGGACCGCCUUGCCCGCUCCCUGAGCCGCAGGAUACGGAUCCCUAGGACUCACAGCAGCCCAACAUAGGACGUGGAGCCCAAAAAUGCCAACUAAACUGACUGACUGCUACAUGAAGGGCUUUCCUUACACAGGCUAAACUGCCUGAGGCAAAGGAGUGGCAUAGUUGGGUUGUCCUUCUCUUCACCAACACCUCGUUCACAUGGAAACAAACUGUCAUUUGGUAUGUUUUCAUAAGGAAGACAGAGAAUUUGUAUCCUCUUUGCUUAAGAAGUUGUAUAUGUACCACACUCAGGGUUGUAAUGUAACUACUAUAGAUUCCAAUAUAUGAAGAUUAAAAAGAUGAAUAUACUGUA